UUUUUUUCUUAAUAUCUUUUUUAGAUCUCCCCAAUAUUUCGACGCAAGCUUACGUAAGAUUGGCCGUAAAUCCUCGCUCAAAACCGAAACACAAGUUAAUCCUUCUCUCAGAUGUAUGGUCGAGAGUGAAAGUGUAAGCAUCGUAUGUACAGUUUUGUUAGCCUAGAAUUGUGAUUACCUUGAAGAAAACUGAACGCUGUUGCUGCGUUCGAUUAUCGACGAAGUACAUUAUCGAUUGACGAGAUGCUAUUGUCGAUAAAAGUUUUCGGAACGCUGGUGCUCUUCCUGUGCUCAUCAUCGAUAGGAAUAGAAUUUGAGGAUCAUUUCAAGGAUUGCCACCCAAAUGUCUCAAAUUUCGACCAAUGUAUUCAACGUGCAUUAAAUGAGAUCCGACCUUAUUUUAAGACAGGUGUUCCCAAAUACGGAGCACACAUCCCUUUCGAGCCAUUUUUUAUCAAAAAAGCGCGCACGUCACGAGGUAUACCCAAUUUCGGUUUUGUCAUUACAAUGAACAACGUCGAGGAAGUUGGAUGGGAUUUGAGCAAAGUGACGAAGUUCACCAGUGAUUUGAAGAACUACAAGGUGGUGUAUACACAAAAUUUCCCAGACAAACGGCUAAAAGGUGCAUACGAAUUCAAAGCAUCUACGUUUAAUUCUACUAUAAACAACAGAGGAACGUUCAUGUUACAGCUUUACGAUCUCGUUCAAACGACUACGGUUAUCGCGAAACCAGGAUCAAGGGUUUAUGUGAAAGUGGAGUUAAACUCGAUCAGAGACAUGAGAUUACACGUCACGAAUUUGUUCUUCGGCGUCAAAUUCAUCGAGAAUUUUAUCGACACCGUGAUAAAUAGCACGUGGAAACAAUUCUUCAAGAUAAGCACACCUAUACUCAACGAACUCAUCUCUGACGGAUAUUUCGAAUUAUUCGAUGGCACAUUCCGCAAUUUUCCAUUCGAGAAAAUUAUCAAACCAUAUCCUUAUACGAAUUAAGAGACUUUAAAAAGAUUUCCUUUUUCUUUGAGGACAACGAGUCAUGAAAAAUAAUUAGACUCUGUCGAGAUAAUGGAACAGAAGAGGAUUGGCAUGUAAGUAUGAAUCGUAAAGUAUAAAGCAUAGAAAGUA